AUGGGUGUUAUCGAUCGCAUUCGCGGCCGCGAUACUUCCCAGCUCAAUGCUGCGGCGCAUAACCCCAGCCCUGUCGACGAAAAAUCCGUCAGUCAGCCGCAAGAUGUCCCGGUCAGCGACUCGGAUACCUUGAGUCUCGAGGCUCGUGCUGCAAAGGAAGUCGAGGCCCAUCCAGACCAAAUCACCGCUGAUGCAGCUGCCGGUGUCCAGAAGGCAGAAGCCACUGCCAUGGUCUGGGGCAAGAAGACCGUCUAUGCAGUUUAUGCCUGGCUCCGCAGGAUUUGGGUGUGCUAUUUCAUGCUGGCGUUCCAGUCUGCAGUGGGCAACAAUUUGCUUUUCGCUGCCUACUCGGAUUUCUCCACAGCCCCUGCCAUCACCACUGCAAAUAUUUUGGCUGUCAUCAUUGGCGGUGUGAUCAAACUGCCCAUUGGAAAGAUUAUCACUAUCUGGGGCCGUGCUGAAGGCCUUGUCGUCUUCGUGGUUGUCUACCUUGUCGGUAUUAUCAUACUCGCCGCAUGUACUGGUCCGAACUCGUACGCUGCGGGUUAUGUGUUGUACUGGAUCGGUUAUGAUGCCAUCUACUUGAUUCUAGAUGUUUUUAUCGCCGAUACCUCAGGCCUGCGCAAUCGAGCUUUCGCCUUUGGAUUCUCUAGCACCCCAUUCAUUUGCACCGCAUUCACUGGCUCUUUGGCUGCUUCCUCAUUUAUCAAGACCAGUGGAUGGAGGUGGGGCUAUGGUGCAUUCGCCAUCAUCAUGCCAUUUGUGUUUCUUCCGCUGGCUAUUGUUUUCAAGCUAUAUCAGCACAAGGCCUAUAAAAUGGGCCUUUACCAAAAGGAACCCAGUGGCCGUACAUUGGCGCAGUCCGUUGUCCACUACUUCAUUGAAUUCGACUUGAUCGGUGCAUUCCUGCUUAUGGCAGCAUUCAUCCUUUUCUUGCUUCCUUUCAGCUUGGAGUCAUAUUUCCGUAUUACUUAUCAAAGCGCCGCUUUCAUCGUCAUGGUUAUCCUUGGAAUUUUGCUAUUCCCUGUCUUCGCUAUUUGGGAGGCAUACUUUGCACCGAAACAGUUCGUACGAUGGGAGCUUUUCAAAAGCCGUACGGUGCUUGGUGCAUGCAUUCUCAGUGCUGUUCUUUACUUUUCUUUCUACUGUUGGGAUUUGUACUACUACUACUUCGUCAUGGUGGUGUACGAUCUUGAUGUCACCUACACGGGUUACAUGACGGAAAUCUACAACGUCGGGUCCUGCUUUGUGGGUCCAGUGUUUGGUUUGUACAUCAGGUACACAAAGCACUUCAAAAAUGCCUGUCUUUACUUUGCACUACCGCUUAUGGUGCUGGGCGCUGGUUUGAUGAUACAUUUCCGUGGCCAGGACGGUUCUAUCAAUUAUGUGAUCAUGUGCCAGAUUUUCAUUGCUUUUGCCGGCGGCACUCUCGUCAUUGGAGAGGAUAUGGCUGUCAUGGCUGCCUCUGACCGCAUGAAUAUUCCCAUGAUGCUUUCGCUGAUUGGUUUGUCCAGUAGUCUGGGUGGCUCCAUUGGGACUGCUGUCGCGGGGGCCAUCUACGCCGACACAUUCCCCAAAGCCCUGCUCUCGCGUCUUCCUGAGGAUGCCAAAACUAAUGCUACAGCUAUCUACCUCGGAGGAUAUUCCACUCAGCUCCAGUACCCAGUUGGCUCCCCUGUUCGUGACGCUAUCAAUUAUGCUUGGGGCUACAAUCAGAAGUACGGCUGCGUUGCAGCAACUUGCAUCCUUGCUCUUGGAUUUCCCGCUGUUGCUGUGUGGAAGAACUACAGAGUUGACAGGAAACAAAACAAGGGAACGGUAUUUUAA